AUGUCGCAAGUCGUCGAGAGUCGGGACAGCCCUCCUAGAAAGCGACAGAAGCCCGGAGCAGCGUGUGAGGAAUGUCGACGGCGGAAGCUCCGUUGUGAUCGCCGUCAGCCGCAGUGCGGCAUGUGCCAGGCUUCGGGCGUCGAUUGUUUAGUGAUCACCGCGCGAUCGCCACGAGGCCCCAAGCGCGGAUAUCUCAAGUUGCUGCAAGCGAGAGUCGCCGCUCUGGAGAACAUCCUACUUCAGAGUCAAGGUCAAAGCACGGUGACUCCUCCAGAGGUGCAGCCGCCAGAGACCCAGCUGCUGGAUGAGCAGGUUGAUCUGUCAGCGUGGGAGAUACCUAUCUUGGGAAGCCAAAUCGUGGAGGAUUCGUACUCGGGCUUGGCGGCAGAGAACCUGCCCGGUUCUUUGUUAGGAGAUGUCCCAACGCCAGUGCCUUCCAUAUCCCCACCAGGCCAACUGUCCAGUGCUGGAGACGAGAUGUCCAUCCCAGGUCUAGAUCCUAGUUCAGUGCCGAGAUCAGCAUCGGAGGAUGUCUGUGAGGUCCACCUAUCAAAGCACAGGGAUCAACUGUACUUCGAUCGAGUCCAGAGCUUUAUGCCUAUUCAGCACCAGCGUCGCUACUUCGACUGGCGGCGGCUGCCGUUCAAAACAGAGGCACAGUCUUGCCUACAGCAUGCUACAUGGACUCUCGCCGCCUCGGUCUCCGCGCACUACCAGAGCAUCGGUGGCUCCUUGUAUCAAAACGCAAGGCGAAAAUUAGAGGCGCUGGAUUCCCACCCCGCAGCCAUGCCCUCGACAGAGCUCGAGCAGGUGCAAGGAUGGCUCCUGCUUGCCGUCUAUGAGCUCAUGGAUGUUGACUUGCGCCGGAGCUGGAUCAGCGCUGGACGAGCAUUUCGGCUGAUUCGGCUGAACUGGCUCAAUAGCCUUGACGGAACGGAUCUCACCAUGCGGACGGGGUCGCCGUUGACCUUCAGUGAACGCGUGGCCAUCCGCCUGCCAGCGCCCGAAGGAAAUUUCCAGAAUGAUCAACCAAUCUUGAUGGGGUUCCUUCCUGAGGCUCUGACAGUCACAGACCCUGCAGCGGUCUCGAGCUUCACCGAAUGCAUUGUCGCUGCGACAAUUGGAGGCCGUGCGCUCUCGCACCGCCACCAACUCCUCGUGCGCGACAUUUACUACGACGCCACGGAAGACUUUCGAAAGCGACAUCAAGGGAUCAACUCGAUCCUGGUGCGGCGCAAAGAGGCGUUCGCGUCGCGGUACCCAGGCGAUAUGCCCCAGGCGGACCCUAUGCUUCUAUUUGUGAAUCUCAUGUGGCGAGCGAUCAUUCUUCAUCUAUAUCAGACUAUGGCCUUUGAAGUUCUCCCGGGCGAGGAUGAGGAUGAACUGUUGCGAGAGUACAAGAAGCAAUCUUUGGCAGCUGCGCAGGAUAUUGUCGACUUAACAAAUCGGCUUUGUAAUUUGAACUCUUUGAAAGACCACCCUCUGACAAUGAUUCCUUUGUCAGUAUGUGUUCAGUUUUUGAUCAUGUUCCAAAAGCCCGGUGAUUCCGACAUGAAGCCGUUGCAGGACCUCACGGAGGCGAUACGUAGUCUCAAGCGAUUCAACAAUCUAGGUCAGCCAGUUUUGCAGCUUGUGGAGGAGCAGAUGCUAGCCGGAACAUAUUCUUCGCCCCCUUUUUGA